GAGCUGAUCAUGUGACUUAGCCUUCCCCCCCAUGGUUCAUACUAUCUACUCAGUCUACACAGUCCCAACCAACUUGCAAACACAUCUCGCUGUCUGAAAGCUGACAUUUCUUAUGUUACCAUGGAGACGGCGGUGAACACGAGCAGGCUGUGGAGGGAAACACUGGGUCUCCUGUUACUGUGGGCCUGUCUGAACUCUGCACACUCGAGGAGCUGCUCGUCGUUUUUCUGCCGAAAAUCUCACCGUGUCAGCGGCCUCAAUGGAGUCGACCCCGGGUCUCCUCUCUAUCUCACUCCUUACGUGGAGAAGGGCGCCGUAGAUGAAGCCAGGAAACUCAGUUUGGUAGGAGAUCUGCCAGGUGCCAAUGUCAAGAGUUAUUCUGGGUAUCUCACUGUCAACAAGAAAUACAACAGCAACCUCUUCUUUUGGUUCUUCCCUGCAGUGAUGCCAGCCCAACAGAAAGCUCCAGUCCUGCUGUGGCUGCAAGGCGGGCCUGGUGGCACCUCCAUGUUCGGCCUCUUUGUGGAACAUGGACCGUAUGUGGUUUAUAAGAACAUGACAGUCGGUUUGAGGGAUUACGCUUGGACAACCAGAUAUUCCGUUUUGUACAUUGACAAUCCGGUUGGAACCGGUUUCAGCUUCACUGAUGAUGACAAAGGUUUUGCUCAGAACCAGGAUGACGUUGGCAGAGAUCUGUACAGUGCUUUAACACAAUUCUUCCAAAUCUUCCCUGAGUAUCAGUCCAAUGAGUUCUAUGCAACUGGAGAGUCUUAUGCAGGGAAAUAUGUUCCUGCCAUUUCUUACUACAUCCACAAAAACAACCCCACUGCUAAGGUGAAAAUCAACUUUAAGGGAAUGGCCAUAGGCGAUGGGCUCUGUGAUCCAGAAUUGAUGCUGGGUGGUUACGGUGAGUUCAUGUACCAAACAGGCAUGAUAGAUGAACUCCAAAGAGAGUAUGUUGUCCAGCAGACAGACUAUGGGGUGAAGCUCAUCCAGCAGGAGAAGUGGGUGGAGGCUUUUCAGGUUUUCGAUAGCUUGCUGAAUGGUGAUGUGGCACCAUAUCCCUCCUUCUUCCAAAAUGCUACAGGUUGUACCAACUACUUCAACUACAUGACAUGCCAGGAGCCUGAAGACCAGGAGUACUUCUCCCAGUUUGUGACUCUGCCGGCGGUGCGACGCGCCAUCCAUGUGGGCAACCUGACGUUCCAUGACGGCUCGGAGGUGGAGAAGCACCUCCUGCAGGAUGUCAUGAAGAGCAUCAAACCGUGGCUGGGUGUGCUGAUGGACAACUAUAGGGUCUUAAUCUACAGUGGUCAGCUGGAUGUAAUUGUAGCUGCUCCUUUGACUGAGAGGUUCCUGCCUACUGUCAACUGGAGCGGGGCUGCUGAUUACAAACAAGCCCCUCGCUUCCACUGGAAGGUUCAGCCCAGCGACACAGAGGUGGCAGGAUAUGUAAGACAAGUGCAGGAGUUUUACCAGGUCAUCAUCCGAGGAGGGGGACACAUUCUGCCUUACGACCAACCUGCAAGGUCCUUUGAUAUGAUCGACAGAUUUCUCUCAACAAAGGGCUGGAUAUGAAAUGAUGUUUCAACUGAAAUACCAACUCCACUUUGAAGAGCAUAUUGUCAAUCAUUGACCGUUGAUUGUCUCAGCACAUGUAAAUCAGCACAUUGUUGCAUUUGGUACACAUCUUUGCUGCUGAUUGAUUAUUUUUUUAGCAUUUUUAGCAGAAGUGGCAUUUGGUUUAGGACUUUGGAUUUCUCUCUGAUGCACUGCAAAUGAAAUGACAAGUUGUCUCGGCCUGCCUCAAGACCUCUCAAAUCGCUGCUCACAUCUCUGAUCAUUUCAGCAAUUCAUAUGGUAAUAAUGGAGUGAAAACAGUCUGAUUAUCAGGCCUUAAGUUCUUGUGAUAUGUUUUGAUUCGUUUCAUGUUUCAGUUGGGAUUGUAUGAGGGGGGAAAUGUAUAUUUGAUUCAAUAAGUAAAUGCUUGAUGAUGAUCUGUAAAGAAAAUACCUUGAAACCAGAGAAUUGAGUUGAAAUAAAACCCUUUUUCUAAAUACAA